AGCGUCUCGGCUCGCCGCAGUGGCCGCCGCCCCACUGACACCCAGGCUGCCGGUCGAGGCGCUGCCCGAAGCGGGGCAGGAUGCCGACCGGCGAGGCCCCGGGCCUCCGCCGCGAGGCGUGCAGGCCCGGGGCCGAAGAGGUAUGCCUGCGGCAGCAGGUGCGGCACCACACCUGGUCCGGCGUCGUGAUGGAGAUGACGGACCUCGGCGGCGACCUGCCCGACGUCUCCGAGGAGGGCGAGGAGGACGAGGACGCCCGCAGGCGCCCGCCCUCCCCGCCGGAGGGCCUCUACAUCGACGACUGCCCCCCGGCCUGGGCCGCCCCCGGGCUCGGCGGCGAAGGCCACUCCGAGGGCCCUGGUGGCAGCCUCCGCGGCAGCCCCUCGCCUCCGCGGGCCCGGGGCCAGCGGCUGAGCAGCCGCACCGGCGCCUCACCCACGAGGCGGCAGGGCUCCAAGAGGCUGGGCUCCAAGGGGUCGGCGGCGAGCUCGCGGCCCGGUGAUCUCGCGUAUUUCUCGGACACGGACAGUGAGGUCGGCGACUACACGGCGAACUGCCCCUUCUCUCCCUUGAGCCGCGUGAACGACUUCAGCUGGAUGCAGCGCUGCAACAGCCUGCUCGCGGCACAGCCGUUCGCCCAAGCAGUUCCAGAGGAGGAGGCCCUGCCCGCCUCGGCGCAGCAGCCCACCCGCCCCGGCGCCGACGAGCCGCAGCACCUGCUCGGCGGCCUCGCCGCGGGGCCGCUGGCCAGAAGCCUGCAGCAGCACGGCGGCGAGGAGGCGGGCCCGCAGGCGAGGAGCUCGCACCAGCACGAGGGCGGCGGCGCGGGCCCGCCCGCGAGGCGCCCGCAGCCGCCCGGCGGCGGGGCCGCGGGCGCGCCGGCGCGGGGCCCGCGCGGGUGCGGCUGGGCCGCGGGCCCGCAGGCGCGGCUCUCGCACGAGGCCGCGGGGCCCGCCGGCGGGGAUCCCGGGGGCGGGCACUGGCAGUCACACCGCUCGCCCGCAGCCAGCAUGCCGGGCGCGGGCCGCCGCGGGGGCAACGACGCAUUCACGGCCCAGCUCCUGAACAAGACGCGCUUGUGCAGCUUCUACGAGAGUGGCAACUGCUCCCGGGGUGAGCACUGCGGCUUCGCGCACGGGAGAGAUGCUCUGCGCAAGGCCCCGGACUUCUCGUUCACCCAGCGCUGCAGGAGCUUCAUGGAGACUGGGACGUGCAGGCAGGGCAGCGCGUGCUCGUUCGCCCACGCGCCGGGCCAGCUGCGGCGCUGGAGGCACAGCUGGGAUGCCAAGCGCAACAGCAGCGGCUCCAGGCGCGGCUCGGUGGAGGGCGUGCCGCAGGAGUGCGAACUGCAGCAGCAGCAGCCGCAGCCGCAGCAGCCGCAGCCGCAGCCGCAGCCGCAGCCGCAGCCGCAGCCGCAGCGCCCGGUUGCCCCCGGCGCCCGCUCCGCGGCCGCCCGCGCGGCCUCGCGCCUCCAGGACGUGCCCGCGCCGGGGGCCGCGCCGCGCGAGCGGCAGCGGCAGCCGCAGGCCCCGCGUGCCCCGGAGGGGCCCGGCGCCGAGGCCGCCGGGCGAGGCGCGCGCCGCGGCCCGGCGCUGCGCCGCGCCUCCGCGCCGCAGCGGCCCGCCGGCGCGCAGGCUCCGCGCCCGGAGGCCCCGGCGGAGGGCAGGACGCCCCUGCGCUCGGGGGCGGCGAUGUUCGUGCCGCAGCCCCACGGGGGAGGGGAGGAGGCGGCCCAGGUCAGCGCGCUGCUGCACGCGCUGGACGUGCUGCCGCGGUCGGGCGGCGCCGAGGCCGCGGGGCGGGCGUGCGGCCGGGGCGACGGGGAGCCCGUGCGCUGCAGGGAGGGCGGCGCGGGCCCGGACGAGCUCCAGGCCGGGGCAAGGUUGCAGCUCGUGUGCCUGCCGCCUCCCGACCCCUGGGAAGUCAGCAGGGGAAUCCACGAGAGCAGCGAUGAGUUCGACGUGCAGUCCGUGUGCAGUGUGGUGACCGCGGACGACGACACCCAGAUUUACUGUGGCCGGGUCAAGGAGGACUCCUCCCCGCGCCUGGCGGCGACCGUCCGCCGCACGUUCCUGCACUUCUUCGUGCCGGGCGAGGGCAGCAACCUCGGCAGCCGCCAUCGCGCCUCGUCGGCGCACUGA